CAUGGCGGGGUAGCUGGUGACUAAUUGACUUUGUUGGAUAGCACCACGUUGUUAGAUCUGGUAUUGCUAAUUAGUAGCAUAAUUAAGAGGGUUUAGAUAUGUGGUUAUAGAUGGUUCAAGUGUAGUUAAGUAACUACUAGUAGAAGAGGAAAUGGAAAGUGGUGGAAGCCACUGGUAGGCUGGAGAACCAGAUGAAUCUUCCCGCUCAGUCGAGAACGUCAACUUAUUUUUUCCCUCUACUCGAUCAAUAUACUUAUUGCUCUACCUUCGACUUCUACAAAAAGAAUUCAGAUAUCAAAAGAUACACCCUAUAUUCUACAUAAUAUUUUCCAUCUUCCUUCAACUUCACCACCACAAAAACAAAUCCACAAUGGACCCCAACAUGAACAAAAUGCUCAAAUGGAGCAUCCAAAACUCCAACCCCGAAACAGCCGACGCCUCCGCCCGCGGCCUCAACCCGGAGAUGCUCUCCUCCCUGCUCGGCGGGCCCAGCGACGCCGACCUCAUGAAAGCCUCCAUGGCCGCCCUGCACUCUCCCGACGUCGACCUCGAGAACAAGAUCGUCGCAUUCGACAACUUCGAGCAGCUGAUCGAGAACAUCGACAACGCGAACAACAUGGAGCCCAUGGGUCUGUGGACGCCGCUGGUCGAGCUGCUGCAGCACGAGGAGUCCGACAUGCGUCGGAUGGCGGCUUGGUGUGUGGGCACCGCUGUGCAGAAUAAUGAGAAGGCGCAGGAUAAGGUUGUGCUGUUCAAUGCGGUGCCGAAGCUGGUGGCUAUUGCUACGUCGGAUGCGGAUCCUGCUGCUCGCAAGAAGAGUGUCUAUGCGCUGUCGUCGGCUGUGCGCAAUUAUCAGCCGGCUAUGGAUGAGCUUACGAAGCAUUUGCCUGAGUCGGGUCAGUAUCCGAGAGACGAGAAGGUCGAUGCGGGUGAUAUGGAUACUAUCGAUGCGCUUAUGGAUAAGUUGAGGGCGCACACUGUUGAGUCGUCUUCAUAAAAAAUAUCAUAAAAAAAGAAAGAAAAAAGAAACA